UCUAACGACAACAACGAAAGUCGGCAAGUGCAGUGAAGUCAAAUUUGUGAAUUUUUAAUUUAAAUCUUAUAAUUUUACACGCCAAACUUACAAUGUCAUUAAAAACUUUGCCUCUGUUGUUCAUUAAUCUUGGUGGAGAAAUGAUGUAUAUUCUUGAUCAACGUUUAAGGGCACAGAAUAUUGCAGACGAAAAAGCAAAAAAAGUGCUCCAUGACAUUGUUCAGACAAUGUUCAAUAAACGCUUUAUGGAAGAACUCUUCAAGCCACAGACGUUGUAUUCGAAGAAGGCGAUGCGAACAAUGUUUGAUCGUAUUGCUCAUGCUUCUAUCAUGAGGCUCAAUGCGGCCAGUAUGGACAAACUGUAUGACCUGAUGACCAUGGCGUUCAAGUAUCAGGUUUCUCUCGCCCUGCGACCCAAUGAUAUUCUCCUCAUCACGUUCAACCACAUGGAUGCGAUACGCAGCUAUGUAGAAAGCAGUGCCACCAUCAGACAACAAGUGGAUAAUGUCUACUCACUGCUGAUACAGACGUUUGUUCCGAUGUCCACCGGAGAGUUCAGCCUGGUCAGACAGACUUUACUCAGCUUCUUCCAAGACAUGCACAUCAGAGUGUCCAUCUUCCUCAAAGACAAAGUUCAGAACAACAAUGGCCGGUUCGUCAAGAGAUGUGUUGUUUUGACGUUUGACGAGGAUGCGAAGGUGGUGACGUUUGAUGAGGAUGGGAAGGUGGUUGCACCAGAAAAUGUUAUGGUAGGCCAGACAUUUAAUUCCACAGAAUUCUUGUUUAACUUAUUAUUCAAAUUGUAUGUAAUAUUUGCUGCUGUUUUUAUGGAUGACUCUUUAUUUCAGGAUUCUGCCAUUCCCGACCCGAUGGCAAAGGCUCACCUUGAACUGUUGUGUCAGCUGAUCGGCGCCAACGUCACCAAGAAACAUGAUUUCCGCCUCAACCUCUUCAACACGGACGCGGAAGAAGAAGAAGCAGCCAAAAUAAAACCUGUUGAGAUGGCAGAGUCACAAGUAGUGAAAAUUGACGCAUCCAAGAAAGUUCAGUGUGCUCAGCUGAGUCAGAUUCUGGGAGAACUCGCUGUGGAGGACAGCAAUUCACAGGACAAGGGAGACAAUCUACUCGAUCUCAUGGACAGUGCAUGAUGGGGAAAUAGAUCUACGUAAUAACCUCAGUGAAACACAAAUCAUCAAGUCUGUCCGUCCACUUGACACCUCAACUCAGUGAAACACAAAUCAUCAAGUCUGUCUGUCCACUUGACAUGUCAACUCAAUGAAACACAAAUCAUCAAGUCUGUCCACUUGACACCUCAACUCAAUGAAACACAAUUCAUCAAGUCUGUCUGUCCACUUGACACCUCAACUCGAUGAAACACAAAUUAUCAAGUCUGUCUGUCCACUUAACCCCUCAACUCAACUCAACUUAAUUUAGUAAAAAAAAAACCCACACAUUAUGGUUUGGGAAAUUUAGGUUAGGUCUUCUGCACACACACACGCGCACACGAGCACACACACACAUUAAUAGUAAAUACUUAUUAUUUUUGUGUGUGUACGUUUAAUAUGAGGUCCGAAUUAAUGAAGCCUGUGUUUUUUAAACUGCAGGUGUUUAAGUACUGUAAAUGCAGGUGUUUAAGUACUGUAAAUGCAGGUGUUUAAGUACUGUAAAUGCAGGUAGUUAUGAAAAUAUUAUUUAUAAAUUCAGCCCUCUAUGUAGCAUUCCAAACUGGGUUUUACCUCCCAAGCAUUCAGAUUGUACGAAAAUGUAUUUUGUGAAAUGAAAUGGUUUGAGAUACUACAGACAUUAGAUAAUUAGAAAGACUAUAUACACAAAAUAAAUUGUCCACCCUCCACCCCGUUUGGUGUAUUGAAUUGUGUGGUGAUAUUGGAUUACAAAAUAUAAACAUGCUGGACAAAACCAUACCACAUUAACCAUAAAACCGACCCAUAACCCUACUAUUCAUAAAACAUUUUUUAAAUAAACAUUUAUGGGUAAACGGGAGGAACUCUUGCCCUCAUGAAAAGAUUUUUUAAAACUAUUAAAUCUGGCAUUAUUUGCUUCAUAAUCAUACUUCAUUGUAACACAAACGUCAAAGUUGCCAUCGUCGCAUAUGACAUACUGUAUUGAAUGUGAAGUUAAAUACUUGUGUAUGUUUUUGUGUAGUGUGCAUCAUUGCAAGUGUUGACAUUUAUUAGAGUUGUAAACAUAAAUGUAGAGAAUGUAAUUUAUUCGAGUGUGUGAGUCACCAUGCAUAAUAUGUCUCUAGUUGUGGUCCAUCAAGAGUUCUAUUUAUUUUCUGGUUAUUUUCUGGUUAUUUUCAUCGUCUCAUUCUGUCACACAGUGUCCUAGAUCACACUUUGACUUUAACCUGGUUUCAUGUUGGCUUUCACUCAGUUUACUGUAACUUUCAUUGUCUCAGUCUGGGAUCACAUUUCACACAGUGUCCUAGAUCACACUUUGACUUUAACCAGGUUUCAUGUUGGCUUUCACUCAGUUUACUGUUACUUUCAUCAUCUCAUUCUGUCACACUGUGUCCUAGAUCACACUUUGACUUUAACCUGGUUUCAUGUUGACUUUCACUCAGUUUACUGUUACUUUCAUCGUCUCAGUCUGGGAUCACAUGUCACACUGUGUGCUAGAUUAAACUUUGACUCUAACAUUGUAACAGGAUCAAUUUAUUUUGUGCUCCAGAAUAUGAUUGCAAUAACUGAUGUAGAAAGUGUUGAUAUGUUUUUAAUAUUUAUUUCAUGUAUGUCAACUAUUUUCGAAUUGUGAAGUCCAUGCAUAGUUCUUGAAACUGAUCAUUGUCUAAACAGUAUUUACUAGCAUCUUCUCUGUUCCACAAAAUAAAUUGGUUCAUCCAUGUACAGCACAAUAAAUAUUUUUUUAUUAAA